AUGGCCUCGUUACCUUCCUCCCAAUACCAGCUUCUCCCCGCUGAAGUAUCCGACGCCGCCGUGAUUCAUGAGCUAGACACGCUCGCUUUUGGAGCGGAGGAGCUUGCUCAGAUCGUCUUCGACGGCCACAAUCCAGCCAGCAACUCACUUCGUUUGGAACAAAUCAGAAAUUCAUUGCAAGACCCUGCAGUGACAUAUACCAAAGUAAUGGUGGACGGAAAGCAUGUAGCGCAGGCUCAGUGGGUACUCAACCUUGAUCCGGACUGGCAUUUGAAGGGAGAGCCAGAGGAGAAGAAGAAGGCGAGGAUGGAGAACGCAGCGAACCCGGAAGCGUAUGGUGAAUUCUUUGGCUGGCUGUAUGGUGUAAGGAAGAGAAGGAUGGGUGGUCAGAAGCAUCUUCUCCUUGCCUCCCUUGUCACGCACCCAGAAUAUCAAGGUCGUGGCAUUGGAUCAUUACUAUUGAAAGAGGGCCUAGCCGUUGCGGACAAGCACAACAUCCCUGCGUGGCUUGAAGCUUCCGCCGCCGGAUAUCCGCUAUACAAGAAAUUCGGGUUCGAAGACGUUGAGAUAUUCGACAUGGAUUUGACUAAAUAUGGUGGGAAAACCGUGGCAAGAAGUGUAGCAAUGGUUCGGCAGCCUCAAGGCAAAUCGGAUUAA